AUGCGUCUCUUUAACGAACCAGGGACAGAUAGUGCCUUCAUCCUGCCUUCACCACGAAUACUUCGUCUUAGAUGGGGAUCAGUUGUUGUGGAACAUAUCGAUCAGGAUACUGGAAGACGGAAGACGGAAACUGCGAAAUACAAGGAUGCGAAGCUCUGGCCCGGAGGAAGUGCACCCUGGAAUUGGAAGGAACACGGCAAGCAAUAA